CAGCACCUGGACUUGAAGGCCACCCUAAGGGCCACAUUGGCGGGUUCUGGCAGCACGUGAACCUUGGAGGCUGAGUGCUGAGUCAUGGCGUCCCCUUGCCCAUUCUCACCUCCUUGCCUGUCCCUCCCACCCCCUUCCCAGCAGGUGCCCAGGCACGUGACAAUGCCACGCUCCUUUCUGGUCAAGAGUAAGAAGGCUCAUUCCUACCAUGAGCCCCGCACACAGGACGACCCCAUCUGGCAUCCGACCCCCAGCCCCGCAGCCAAGAACCAGGUCAUGAGUCACGGCCCUGCUCUCAGCUCGCUGUUCCCGAAUCAGCACUUGGACUGGACCAGCCUCCGAUGGGAACCAGAGCCAGAGCCUGAGAAGGGCUUGCCCAGGGUGCCCGCGGCCCCAGAGGGGACCCCCGUGAUGUCCAGAGCCCAGGAAGGGGACUCGCUACCCUCAGACUCGCCUCCCUUCUACAAGCCCAGCUUCUCCUGGGACACGCUGGCCUCAUCCUAUGGCCACAGCUACCGGCAGGCCCCCUCCACCAUGCAGUCCGCCUUCCUGGAGCGCUCGGUCAGCCUGUACGGUAGCCCCCUGGUGCCCAGUGCCGAGCCACCCUUGGACUUCAGCCUUCGUUACUCCCCCGGCAUGGAUGCCUACCACUGUAUCAAGUGCAACAAGGUGUUCUCCACCCCCCACGGGCUCGAGGUGCACGUCCGGCGCUCCCACAGCGGCACGCGGCCCUUCGCCUGUGACGUUUGCGGUAAAACCUUCGGCCACGCCGUGAGCCUGGAGCAGCACACGCAUGUUCACUCCCAGGGGACCCCCCUGGCGGGGUCCGGUCCCGCGCCCGGCGUGGUGCUCCCCGCGCUUGACCCCCCGGCGCCUCGUUUCCUCCGGCAGGAGCGCACGUUCGAGUGCCGGAUGUGCGGCAAAGCCUUCAAGCGCUCAUCCACGCUGUCCACGCACCUGCUCAUCCACUCGGACACGCGCCCCUACCCCUGCCAGUUCUGUGGCAAGCGCUUCCACCAGAAGUCAGACAUGAAGAAACAUACCUACAUCCACACGGGUGAGAAGCCGCACAAGUGCCAGGUAUGCGGCAAGGCCUUCAGCCAGAGCUCCAACCUCAUCACCCACAGUCGCAAGCACACGGGCUUCAAGCCGUUCAGCUGUGAGCUGUGCGCCAAGGGCUUCCAGCGCAAGGUGGACUUGCGGCGGCACCGUGAGAGCCAGCACAGCCUCAAGUGAGGGGCCCGGCCUCCUCCCCAUCCCCGCACAGGAAGCCCUUGAGCUGGUGCUGAGCUCUAUGGGACUUUUGCUGCGUGACCUCAGAGGAGCUACGUUCCUUCUCUGCUCUAAUGCUGCUGCCAUGCAUGGGCUCUGCUGGGCCAAGUGCGCCCAGGCACCUCCUUACUGGCAAAACAGAGGAAGAUGCCACGACACCCCAGGGACCUCUGUACCAGGAGGCCCAGGACACACCCGGGAGCUUCUCCAGGUGCUGGCCAUCUCGGCUGCCUUUCUGGCUGCUACUCCGGCCAGUGAGGGGGUCUGCGUCCUGGGGCUUCUGCCCUGUCCCGGGCGGCCGAGGGCUGCACAGCAGGCCCCUGUUCCCGUGCUCAGGGAGCAGCUGGCAGGUGCCGCUACCCACAGCCUGCACCCCUCGCGUGCUGUAAACACCGAUAAAGGUCCAUACUGCAAGGAGAGCGGCAUCUGUGAUGCGUCACCUGCCUGCGGGGCCACCGCACAGCAGCAGAUCUGAGGGGCUGCUGGAGAGCUUUAGACAAAGGGGGGUCUGUCCCUGAUUCAACGUGGGGACCCAGCACAGGGCCACGGCCAACCUGGGGCUCUGCACACCUCCCACGGUGUGGGAAUAACGUGGAAUGGCCUCUCUUGCAGUUGUGGGACCAGGGCCUGGAGGAGUGUCCUGGGGGCUAAACUCAGGGCCCCAACAGGCCAGUCCUCCUCUGACAUGCAAGCCACACACACUUUCAUGCUUAUUGGAACACAUUCACACACAUAAGCUCAGCUUCACUCACGUUCAUACGGUUUCACCUG